UGAAAAGUAUAUCGUAAAAUCACGUGUGUCUGCAUUUAAGGAAAGUUUGUGUCCCUGGCUGCCAAAUUUAACAUUUACUGUGUAUUUACCUUUGUUCCCCCUUGCAUAUAAUGUCCUCUUUCCGAUUGAUCAACUCGCGAUGCUGCUCAGUUUCAAAAACAUGGAACUUGGUUAGACAAAGAGCUAUUCACACAACUUCAACAGUUCGUGCAGUUGCUCAUCAAGAAGAAGCUGCAGCUCAGCGAGCUGAACGUACAAUGACUCGGUUUUGGAAAAAAGCUGGUAUCAAAGAAGAAAAUGAUACUGUGACAGUAGUUUUAGAUCAUCGUAAUCUACGUACCCCCAGUAAGAAUAUUGUGAAAUUCCCAGCUAAGCAAAGGAAUCUGGCUUUAUUGACAGCCGCUGAAUGGGAUGCUCAGACCCAAAAUUUGAAAGCGCACAGUUUACCUCUGACUUCAGUCAUUGCCAGAGCCAUGGACGGAUUAGAUCCUUCGUACGCUGACAGUGAAAACAUCAAUGAUCACCCUGACAAAAUCCGUCCUGCUGUUGUUGACAAACUUCUUACUUAUUUGGAUGGCGAUUCUGUAUGCUACCAUGAAACAUUCCCCGAAAUCAUCACACAACUUCAAGAUAAAUAUUACAAACCUAUUCUAGAAUGGACAGGAAAGACGUUUGAUGUGAAGAUCAAUAUAACAACAGGAUUAUUCUCCGUUCAACAACCAGAAGACACCAAGAAGAAGUUGAGAGCUAUUGUCGAGUCAAUGGAUCCCCUUGAGUUGGCUGCGUUUGAAAAGGCCGUUAUGAGCUCAAAGAGUUUUCUGAUAGGUUUGGCGUUGGUGAGAAGAGGUAUCACAGUAGAACAAGCAGCGAGAGCAGCACAUGUUGAAAUGAAUGCACAAAUGGACAGAUGGGGAGAAGUGGAAGAUAGUCAUGACGUGGAACGCGAAUACAUACGACAAACCCUAGGGUCUGUAGCUAUUGCAUUGAUGCACAAGAGAUAUUAAAGAAAAGAGAUGAAUUCUUUAUAUAUAUUCUAUUUAUGAUAAAAAAAAAGCACAUAUAGCAGCUUCUCGAAAUUUCGUAAUAUCAUUAUGCUUUUCCAAACGCUGGUUAGCGUGUAUUCCAAUAUAUCAAACAUU